ACCAAACACAACAAACACACCCAACAAGUUUCACUCUACUACCCCACCACACAAGCAGUUAACAGUUAUCCAUAGGAUAUCACACCCACAAUCAUGUCUUCUGAUAAUAUCUACGCCAUGGUCGAUCCGGAAAUCUUCGCAGCGGUUCAAGAACAGAUUGAGAAGGAUAGUCAGGUUAAAGAAGACAUCCGCGAGGCGCUGAAGAUAAUUGAUAAAGAAGUCCGAUUAACUACUUCCAUCCUUUCAAGAGUCCACAUCGUCCCCCCGGAGCACGGCAAUUCCUCCCCCCCCCUCCACCCGUAUGCAAGCUACGCGCAAUCACUAACGGGCAAAAGUCAUCGAACUAACCACCACCGCCGACGAAGGCUUCAAGCGCCUCCGCCACGGCAUUCAAGGCCUCGUCGACAUCGUCAAGGAUUAUCCCUACUACAAAACGUGACGUUCCUGGUGCUAUUCCGGGGCUGGCUGCAGCGCAGCUAUGCCCCUGGGAACGCAGAGAAUAGCCUCUUGACGAUCGAGGAGGUUGGGGGUGUUCUAGGAAUUCCGGUGAACUUGAAGGUGGAGGACAAGUUUCAUCUAACCAUUGAAGAGUAUUUGCAUGCUGUGCUUGGCCUUGUCGAGGAAUUGACUCGUCUUACUACCAACGCUGUUACUCAACGUGACUUCUUGCGUCCCCAGAUGAUUAACAGAUUUAUCAAGGACAUUCAUUCUUCAUUUCAGGUCUUGAAUUUGAAGAACGAUUCGCUCAGGAGGAGGGGAGAUGGGUUGAAGUAUAAUGUCAAGAAAGUUGAGGAGGUCAACUACGACCUUAUUCUGAGGAACCUAAUUCCUACAGGCACUGAUGAGGGGGCCGAGAAAAAGGAGGAUGCCAAGGAGGAUGUCAAGGGGUCUUCGGAGCAGCAGGGGUAGUGCAGUGUUAGUAUUGAUUUUCAUAGCAAAAAAAAUCCAUUG